ACUCUAUAGGCUACUACUUCUGAUACCUGUAAAUCUGCCCUUAAAGAUAACUGAAAAUAAAUAUAUAUAUUUUCGUUUCACGCCAGUGGAAUUUGACAGUUCCCCUKAAUUCUUUGACGUUUACCCCGCCCCAUCAAUCCUGGGUUGUUUACAAUACUGCCACAGGCCAGGAAUUGUGAGCGGCUGACGGACUCUUUUGGAACAUACUUCGUCAACUAGCUACUUUUACGAUAGAGGUCGUCUCUGAAAAGUAUUAGCGCACAGGGAAAGGUGCCACGCAAGAGCGGCCCGGCAACUCGACUGCAGCACGACCUUGGAUUGGAAAAGUAAGCACCAAAGAAAACAACGCCAUCGCCACCCGAAAAUAACAGUAGCGAGGCUCCCACUUCCUGGGGUGUGAGGGAUUGAUCUCCUGUCACCAUGGACAUGGACACCCAGCCACAAGGCCAGCAGGCAGCAGUACCCGUGUUCCAGCCACAGAAGCCGCUUCAGCCGGACAUGGGCCACAACUCUCUGGCUAACUUCCAGAUUGAGAAGAAGAUUGGGCGGGGCCAGUUCAGUGAGGUGUACCGGGCCAGGUACCUGAUGGACAACACCUCCAUGGCCCUCAAGAAGGUUCAGAUAUUCGACUUGAUGGAUGCCAAAGCUCGGCAAGAUUGCAUCAAAGAAAUAGAUCUCCUAAAGCAACUGAACCACCCAAACGUGAUCAAGUACCAUGCGUCAUUUAUUGAGGAGAAUGAGCUGAACAUUGUGUUGGAGCUGGCUGAUGCUGGGGACCUCUCCCGGAUGAUCAAGCACUUCAAGAAGCAGCGGAGGUUAAUUCCAGAGAGGACAGUGUGGAAGUACUUUGUCCAGCUGUGCAGUGCGCUGGAACACAUGCACUCCCGACGGGUCAUGCACAGAGAUAUAAAGCCAGCUAAUGUGUUCAUAACAGCCACAGGAGUGGUGAAGCUGGGAGAUCUGGGACUAGGACGAUUCUUCAGCUCUAAAACCACCGCUGCCCAUUCUUUAGUGGGGACCCCGUACUACAUGUCUCCAGAGAGAAUACAUGAAAACGGAUACAACUUCAAAUCUGACAUCUGGUCGCUAGGCUGCCUGCUCUACGAGAUGGCAGCUCUCCAGAGCCCGUUCUAUGGCGAUAAGAUGAACCUGUACUCUCUGUGUAAGAAGAUAGAGCAGUGUGACUACCCUCCGCUCCCUUCCGACCACUACUCUGAAGAGCUGAGGAAGGUGGUAGAUAUGUGUAUUAACCCCGACCCAGAGAAGAGGCCGGACAUCAUGUAUGUGUAUGACGUCGCCAAACACAUGCACGGCCAGACGCAGCAGGGCAGCUAAGUCUACACCUGAGGAUACAARACGACCCGCAUCUCUUCCUCUCUUCCCUCCUCCUCUCAUCCCUCGCUUCCACAUAAGGACAGGCAGACACCGAUCUUGUCUUUCACACAAUCAUGUAUUGAGUUUCUGAGAGUUCUGCAAAAAAAAGUMCUCUAAUAUAAGUGUUUCGUUUUCGUUUUGUUUAAGAGAAGGGGGUUAUGUACAGUGCAUUCGUAAAG